CCCAUUUCACCAUCUCUCUCCAUCACCAUCGCCAUCACCAUCACCAUCACCAUCACCAUCUACCCAUCACACGCAAUGAGGGAGCCAAUAUACUGACACAGCCUAUUUGUUGCUCCUCCCCAUCACCUCGCACUUGGCAUCACCAAACGCUCAGCUCACGAGCUCGCCCAUACCCCCAAGCUCACGCGACAUCUUCUCUCUUCUCCUCCCGCAGACCCGACAUCAUCUCCUCAUCCCGAAGCCCCACUGGCAUCACGCGACCACCGCGCCGCCGCCCUCUCCCAUCGCCCCUCGCUUCCUCCUCUCAUUCCUCGUUAACCACCUCCCCUCUCUUCAGCUUUUCUCCCUUAUCCUCUCCUCGCCAUAAUCUCUCCUACUCCCCGACCCUUCCCCUGCCCGCCCGCCAUGCCCUCCUCAACUGCCGUCACGUCGAAGACGCGCAAGAAAUGGUCCCUCGCCUCUCUCUGCAUCGGCGAGGUCCCAGAGGAGCACGCCGCACGCCUCUAUCCUCCAGCCCGCAUCCUCGAGACCAAGCCUUACUCUCCUCCUAUCCCCAUCACCAAGACGCUCUCACCCGUCACACCCAAAAUCCCGGUCAGAUGCCGCACAAUUCGCUUCGCCGAUCCUCUCCCCGUUCCGCGCACCACCAUGGGCAAGCCGCACCUCGCCGUCCUCACGCGCAUCGCCUUCUUCUGCGACUCACAGAACCUGCGCAAGCUCCGCCGCGUGAAUCGCGAGAUGCGCGGCAUUGCCGAGUCCAUCCUUCUUCGCCAUGUGGCCGUGCAGCGCGGUGGGGUUCGCGUCCUUCCCCCGCCAGGAGGUACGAGAUGCUGGGCCGCCCUCGUCGAAGACGCAUCGCUGCUCGAUCCCACCAAACCCAAGCCGAAGGAGAAGGCGCCGCUUGCUGUCCAGGCCGCCGCUGAGUCGUCAGCGGAGGGCGCGGCCUCGAUAUGGCUGCCGCGCCGCCAAAGUCAGGAGGACGACGAAGACGAAGACGCGCCCUGGCCUGACUCCGACACCGAUGCCGAGUCGGAGGCCGAGUCCGUGUGCUCUAAUGAACCGUCCUCUUACUCCUCGGCAGUUGCCGCCGCGUGCACCGGCAUACACCUUCCCCCAGCGGCCAACGUGACAUUCAUCCUUCCUGGCCGUUCACGCCUGUUACGGAGGUGUCGAGUCGUCGACAUUUAUCCCGAGGCAGACGCUGCCAUCCUCCGCCGCAUGCUUAGCGCGCCUCCGCCUAUCACGCGUGCUUACCCCGGUGCAAGCGGGACGCUGAACAGCGACACGGUUGUUGUCUUCUCCCGCGCUGGGGUGGGCUUGCCUCCGGCCUUCCCUCGGCCACCACUGACCACAUCCGCCGCUCGGAAUGUGAUCACUCAUCUUCUCGACGCAGACGGCACAGAAUCGCUGCAGGGCCUCUCAUGCGGAACGGAAAACACCGUCGUGAUCAUCAGCCCCGCGGCGCCCGAGGACAAGACGGAGGACCUUGCUGAUGCGGCCGACGAGGAGGCUGAGGUUGCCACACUGGUCGAUCGCAAUCGCUCCCUCAGCCCGGCGAUCGCCGCACCCCCUAGCCCCGAGCAGGCUGCCCGGCGCCCCAGCCUGCUCGAGGAGGACGGUGACCCACAUCGCCUUUUGGAGAGUCUCGCGGCGCACAUUGCCCGACUUCUUCCCAAAUCAGGGAGCGCAUGGACGAUCGUAGGCGCAGAAAGCUGGCCCGCCGACUGCGCAGACGACGGGAGCGAGCGCAAGUGUGGGCCUGAAGACGUCAGAGAUAUGAAGGACGCACUGCGCUCCCUCGUGUCCCGCAAGUUUGCUCAGUGGGCCGACAAGAGUAGCGGCGACCGCCUCCGUUUCGUCUCCCGUGCCCAGUGGGCGCGCGAAGUUGGCAGCGAGAUGUACACGCUCGCGAGUGAGUUGUAAAUAUGACCUUGAUUUUGUACAGUAUUUUGUACACCCGGUUGUUGUUUAGUUUUUAUCAUGUUAAUACGUCGUUCUUCCUG